AUGAAUGCACAAAGCACAGGUAUCAUUUGGUCAAAUGCUUCUGUAAAAUUCGAACGAAAAUCGGUAGUGAUGAAUACAAAUAGGCUGUCACUUAAAGACUUUAUAAUAUGCCUUCUGUUAACAGUGAUAUUUCUUAAAGUAGUACUCGUAAAGUCCGAGAAUACUAAAACCUUAAAAGAACAAAUUAUUCAAGUGGAUGGCCAGUUUAAUAAACUUCUGCCAGCAGAAAAAGUUAUUCGUUACCUCGAAAAUAAAUACGAUCGGGAGUCACCAACUUUCAAAAACCGAGCUAUAGUCAAUAAUGUACCGGAAACAGAUAACCAAAAUAAAACAAUCGUAACAAAAACAGUAACGGGAUUAACACCAAUACCAGACGAAACUACAACAGCUGGGCAAACAACAACAGCCGGACCUGAGGAUGACACUACCGUAGAGGACUCCACAACGAUUCCUGACGAAACUACAACAGCUGGACCUGAGGAUGACACUACCGUAGAGGACUCCACAACGAUUCCUGAUGAAACUACAACAGCUGGACCUGAGGAUGACACUACUGUUGAAGAGUCAACAACGAUUCCUGACGAAACUACAACAGCUGGACCUGAGGAUGACACUACCGUAGAGGACACCACAACGAUUCCUGACGAAACUACAACAGCUGGACCUGAGGAUGACACUACUGUUGAAGAGUCAACAACGAUUCCUGACGAAACUACAACAGCUGGACUUGAGGAUGACACUACCGUAGAGGACACCACAACGAUUCCUGACGAAACUACAACAGCUGGACCUGAGGAUGACACAACCGUAGAAGACUCCACAACGAUUCCUGAUGAAACUACAACAGCUGGACCUGAGGAUGACACUACUGUUGAAGAGUCAACAACGAUUCCUGACGAAACUACAACAGCUGGACCUGAGGAUGACACUACCGUGGAGGACUCCACAACGAUUCCUGAUGAAACUACAACAGCUGUACCUGAGGAUGACACUACUGUUGAAGAGUCAACAACGAUUCCUGACGAAACUACAACAGCUGGACCUGAGGAUGACACUACCGUAGAGGACUCCACAACGAUUCCUGAUGAAACUACAACAGCUGGACCUGAGGAUGACACUACUGUUAAAGAGUCAACAACGAUUCCUGACGAAACUACAACAGCUGGACCUGAAGAUGACACGACUGUAGAGGACUCCACAACGAUUCCUGAUGAAACUACAACAGCUGGACCUGAGGAUGACACUACCUUAGAGGACUCCACAACGAUUCCUGAUGAAACUACAACAGCUGGGCCUGAGGAUGACACUACUGUUGAAGAGUCAACAACGAUUCCUUACGAAACUACAACAGCUGGACCUGAGGAUGAAACUACCGUAGAGGACUCCACAACGAUUCCUGAUGAAUCUACAACAGCUGGACCUGAGGAUGACACUACUGUUGAAGACUCAACAACGAUUCCUGACGAAACUACAACAGCUGGGCCUGAGGAUGACACUACUGUUGAAGAGUCAACAACGAUUCCUGACGAAACUACAACAGCUGGACCUGAGGAUGACACUACCGUAGAGGACUCCACAACGAUUCCUGAUGAAACUACAACAGCUGGGCCUGAGGAUGACACUACUGUUGAAGAGUCAACAACGAUUCCUGAUGAAACUACAACAGCUGGACCUGAGGAUGACACUACUGUUGAAGAGUCAACAACGAUUCCUGACGAAACUACAACAGCUGGACCUGAGGAUGAAACUACCGUAGAGGACUCCACAACGAUUCCUGAUGAAACUACAACAGCUGAGGAUGACACUACUGUUGAAGAGUCAACAACGAUUUCUGACGAAACUACAACAGCUGGACCUGAGGAUGAAACUACCGUAGAGGACUCCACAACGAUUCCUGAUGAAACUACAACAGCUGGACCUGAGGAUGACACUACUGUUGAAGAGUCAACAACGAUUCCUGACGAAACUACAACAGCUGGACCUGAGGAUGAUACUACCGUAGAGGACUUCACAACGAUUCCUGAUGAAACUACAACAGCUGGACCUGAGGAUGACAAUACCGUAAAGGACUCCACAACGAUUCCUGAUGAAGCUACAACAGCUGGGCCUGAGGAUGAAACUUCUGUAGAGGACUCCACAACGAUUCCUGAUGAAACUACAACAGCUGGACCUGAGGAUGACACUACUGUUGAAGAGUCAACAACGAUUCCUGACGAAACUACAACAGCUGGACUUGAGGAUGACACUACCGUAGAGGACACCACAACGAUUCCUGACGAAACUGCAACAGCUGGACCUGAGGAUGACACAACCGUAGAGGACUCCACAACGAUUCCUGAUGAAACUACAACAGCUGGACCUGAGGAUGACACUACUGUUGAAGAGUCAACAACGAUUCCUGACGAAACUACAACAGCUGGACCUGAGGAUGACACUACCGUAGAGGACUCCACAACGAUUCCUGACGAAACUACAACAGCUGGGCCUGAGGAUGACACUACUGUUGAAGAGUCAACAACGAUUCCUGACGAAACUACAACAGCUGGACCUGAGGAUGACACUACCGUAGAGGACUCCACAACGAUUCCUGAUGAAACUACAACAGCUGGGCCUGAGGAUGACACUACUGUUGAAGAGUCAACAACGAUUCCUGAUGAAACUACAACAGCUGGACCUGAGGAUGACACUACUGUUGAAGAGUCAACAACGAUUCCUGACGAAACUACAACAGCUGGACCUGAGGAUGAAACUACCGUAGAGGACUCCACAACGAUUCCUGAUGAAACUGAUGAUACUACCGUAGAGGACUUCACAACGAUUCCUGAUGAAACUACAACAGCUGGACCUGAGGAUGACAAUACCGUAAAGGACUCCACAACGAUUCCUGAUGAAGCUACAACAGCUGGGCCUGAGGAUGAAACUUCUGUUGAAGAGUCAACAACGAUUCUUGACGAAACUACAACAGCUGCUAGACUUGAGGAUGACACUACCGUAGAGGACACCACAACGAUUCCUGACGAAACUGCAACAGCUGGACCUGAGGAUGACACAACCGUAGAGGACUCCACAACGAUUCCUGAUGAAACUACAACAGCUGGACCUGAGGAUGACACUACUGUUGAAGAGUCAACAACGAUUCCUGACGAAACUACAACAGCUGGACCUGAGGAUGACACUACCGUAGAGGACUCCACAACGAUUCCUUAUGAAACUACAACAGCUGGACCUGAGGAUGACACUACUGUUGAAGAGUCAACAACGAUUCCUGACGAAACUACAACAGCUGGACCUGAGGAUGACACUACCGUAGAGGACUCCACAACGAUUCCUGAUGAAACUACAACAGCUGGACCUGAGGAUGACACUACUGUUAAAGAGUCAACAACGAUUCCUGACGAAACUACAACAGCUGGACCUGAGGAUGACACGACUGUAGAGGACUCCACAACGAUUCCUGAUGAAACUACAACAGCUGGACCUGAGGAUGACACUUCCUUAGAGGACUCCACAACGAUUCCUGAUGAAACUACAACAGCUGGGCCUGAGGAUGACACUACUGUUGAAGAGUCAACAACGAUUCCUUACGAAACUACAACAGCUGGACCUGAGGAUGAAACUACCGUAGAGGACUCCACAACGAUUCCUGAUGAAACUACAACAGCUGGACCUGAGGAUGACACUACUGUUGAAGAGUCAUCAACGAUUCCUGACGAAACUACAACAGCUGGGCCUGAGGAUGACACUACUGUUGAAGAGUCAACAACGAUUCCUGACGAAACUACAACAGCUGGACCUGAGGAUGAAACUACCGUAGAGGACUCCACAACGAUUCCUGAUGAAACUACAACAGCUGAGGAUGACACUACUGUUGAAGAGUCAACAACGAUUUCUGACGAAACUACAACAGCUGGACCUGAGGAUGAAACUACCGUAGAGGACUCCACAACGAUUCCUGAUGAAACUACAACAGCUGGACCUGAGGAUGACACUACUGUUGAAGAGUCAACAACGAUUCCUGACGAAACUACAACAGCUGGACCUGAGGAUGAUACUACCGUAGAGGACUUCACAACGAUUCCUGAUGAAACUACAACAGCUGGACCUGAGGAUGACAAUACCGUAAAGGACUCCACAACGAUUCCUGAUGAAGCUACAACAGCUGGGCCUGAGGAUGAAACUACUGUUGAAGAGUCAACAACGAUUCUUGACGAAACUACAACAGCUGGUCCUGAGGAUGACACUACCGUAGAGGACUCCACAACGAUUCCUGAUGAAACUACAACAGCUGGACCUGAGGAUGACACUACUGUUGAAGAGUCAACAACGAUUCCUGACGAAACUACAACAUCUGGACCUGAGGAUGACACUACCGUAGAGGACUCUACAACGAUUCCUGAUGAAACUACAAUAGCUGGACAUGAGGAUGACACUACCGUAGAGGACUCCACAACGAUUCCUGAUGAAACUACAACAUCUGAGCCUGAGGAUGACACUACUGUUGAAGAGUCAACAACGAUUCCUGACGAAACUACAACAGCUGGACCUGAGGAUGACACUACCGUAGAGGACUCCACAACGAUUCCUGAUGAAACUCUGGACCUGAGGGAUGACACUACCGUAGAGGACUCCACAACGAUUCCUGAUGAAACUACAACAGCUGGACCUGAGGAUGACACUACCGUAGAGGACUCCACAACGAUUCCUGAUGAAACUACAACAGCUGAGCCUGAGGAUGACACUACUGUUGAAGAGUCAACAACGAUUCCUGACGAAACUACAACAGCUGGACCUGAGGAUGACACUACCGUAGAGGACUCCACAACGAUUCCUGAUGAAACUACAACAGCUGGACCUGAGGAUGACACUACUGUUGAAGAGUCAACAACGAUUCCUGACGAAACUACAACAGCUGGACCUGAGGAUGACACUACCGUAGAGGACUCCACAACGAUUCCUGAUGAAACUACAACAGCUGGACCUGAGGAUGACACUACUGUUGAAGAGUCAACAACGAUUUCUGACGAAACUACAACAGCUGACACUACCGCAGAGGACUCCACAACGAUUCCUGAUGAAACUACAACAGCUGGACCUGAGGAUGACACUACUGUUGAAGAGUCAACAACGAUUCCUGACGAAACUACAACAGCUGGACCUGAGGAUGACACUACCGUAGAGGACUCCACAACGAUUCCUGAUGAAACUACAACAGCUGGCCAAUCUACAACAGCUGGACCUGAGGAUGACACUACUGUUGAAGAGUCAACAACGAUUCCUGAAGAAACUACAACAGCUGGACCUGAGGAUGACACUACCGUAGAGGACUCCACAACGAUUCCUGAUGAAACUACAACAGCUGGACCUGAGGAAGAAACUACCGUAGAGGACUCCACAACGAUUCCUGAUGAAACUACAACAGCUGGACCUGAGGAUGACACUACUGUUGAAGAGUCAACAACGAUUCCUGACGAAACUACAACAGCUGGACCUGAGGAUGACACUACUGUUGAAGAGUCAACAACGAUUCCUGCUACUACGAAUAAUCCUGAAGAGAGCAGUACUGUACAAGAUUCUACGCUGUUUCCUGGUGGAAGUAGUACUGAAACAACUAAAGGGCCAGAGGACACCACCACAGCUGCUCAGGACUCAACUUCUUCACCAGGAGAAAACACCACAAGAAGCACUACAAGUAGUUCUGUUUCGCCUUCUUCAAGUUCCCCAACAAGUUCCCUUGCUACCCCUACUUCAACUUUAGCACCUCUAUCUUGUAGAAGCGGGAAUCAAUACCUACCACAUCCAACGAAUUGCCAUAAAUACAUUCAGUGUAGUAAUGGGCAAGAAUUAUAUAUGGACUGCCCGCCCACUCUUUAUUGGGACUACAAGAAGUUUUUCUGCUGUGGAGAUGCCACUGUUUGCUACUAUAAUGAUGAAAUUACUGACCCAGAACAAAUCGUUUGCGGCCCUGGAGUUGAUUUCCUGGCUCAUCCAAGCGACUGUACCAAAUAUCUGCAAUGUAGUAACGGUGAACCAUUAGAGCGCAAGUGUCCCGAGCCUCUGUACUGGAACCCAGUGAUAAAAGGGUGUGAUUGGACGAGUGAAUACUGUAAGGAUGUGCGAGCAUAUGAAUCGGUUGCAUGUGCACUUGGUAUGAAUUUUGGUGUUUUGCAAAGCGAUUGCUCGAAGUACAUCAAAUGUUUUGGCUCGAGAGGUAUUGUGAUGAGCUGUAACUCGGGUCUUUACUGGAACCCUCUAAGUGAAGUAUGCGGAAAGUCACAGAGGUUCUGCAAAUAAAUAUUCACUGCAGGAACAUUCUCCAUAAGACAGGAAUACAAUAUAACGAUAAAACAAAUGUAUUUAUGCUAUUAAAAGAAGUAGAAAAUUUGUAAAUAUUUGUUAAUAAACAAACUCAAUGUUAAACCCA